AUGAGGACGGCCCGGCGGGCGAGCAAUGUGGAGGUGCCCUCCUUCCUCCGCCAGCUGGCCAAAGAGACAGAGAAGAUGGUCACCUUCUUCUUCAAGGGGGGCCCCAAGGAAACAGGCGCUGAGGAUGAGGACAGGUUUGAUGAAGACGGCUCAAUGCUUAGCCCAUACUUGGAUCGACCCAUCUUGGAGAAGCAUGUGUCAGAGGGGGGAUCUAAGUUGGGGAUGAACUACGCUAUGGCCAACAUGCAGGGCUGGAGGUCCCAGAUGGAGGAUGCCCACACCUGCAAGCCCCAGCUGGAAGGAGAGCUGACAGAGUGGGGUUACUUUGCUGUUUUUGAUGGACAUGCAGGCACCACAGUGGCAAAGUACUGCUCCACGAACCUGCUGGGACACAUCCUGGCAACAGGAGGGAUCAAAGCCAACGAGGACCCUGAGCAGGUGAAGGAGGGCAUCCGUGAAGGCUUCCUAGAAAUUGAUCGACACAUGCACAAAAUGGCUCGCCAGGACAACUGGGACCACAGUGGCUCCACUGCAGCAGUGGUCCUGACUUCACCACGCCACAUUUACUUUAUCAACUGUGGGGACUCCCGUACCUUGCUCUGCCAUAAAGGCCAGGUGGUCUUCUAUACAGAGGACCACAAGCCGUUCAACCCCAGAGAAAAGGAGCGCAUCCAGAACGCUGGAGGCUCCGUGACCCUGCAAAGAGUCAACGGCUCGCUGGCCGUCUCCAGAGCUCUGGGGGAUUUUAACUUCAAGGAAGUGGACUGGAGGCCGCAGACAGAGCAGCUAGUGUCUCCGGAGCCAGAAGUGUACGAGCUGGAGAGGACGCCCGAAGACGAGUUCCUGAUUCUAGCAUGUGAUGGUGUGUGGGACGCCAUUGGUAACGAGGAACUGUGUGCCUUUGUGCACAGCCGUCUGCAGGUGAACAAUGACCUGAAGGACAUUUGCAGCCAAGUCAUUGACCUCUGUCUCUAUAAGGGCAGCUUGGAUAACAUGAGCAUCAUCAUCGUCUGCUUCCCUGGCGCCCCCAAGGUGACAGAGGAGGCACUCCAGCAGGAGGCAGAGCUGGAGAAACAUAUUGAUAUGAAAGUGGAAGAAAUAGUCCAGAUGAUGAAGUCCAAAGAUGAUGAACCUGACCUUUUGAAUGUGAUCAAGUUUCUGGCUGCCCAAGAGAUUCCCGGGCUCCCACCAGGUGGAGGCAUCACCAGCAAGCGAGACUGCAUCAUCUCUUCAUAUCAGAAACACGCCAUGACUGUCAGAUCCCAGGAGCCUAUGGACACCGAAGGAUCAGAGGAAGACUUAAACUAAAGACGUUUCCCUGAAAACAGUAUCAUCACCAUCUUCAAUAUCGCCAUGGAGACCAG